AUGGCAGACCGCACUGAGAUCGCAAGACACAUGGACGAGCUAUUUCUACUUGUCGAGAAUCACACCUUGCGACCGUUGUCCUUGUAUUCCGACAGGCUACUGCCCCUGUGCAGCUCUGAAAUGGUCGCCCAUACUCUAGCCAAGUUGAACGAGACACAGGAGCCAACGCUGUUGACGCGCUGGCUGGUGCCGUUCCAUGCAACACUUCUACGACAGAUGGCUGUCGGCAGUGUCGUCGUGCCGCCUCAUGUUCGUCGGUGCGUGGUGCGAAACGCAGCCAGAGGUCUUGUAUGCUCUUCAGAAAGCUAUACACCAUUCCAUUGCGAUGAAGUCCCAGAUGAUGUUCAAGAUCCGAGAGUCGCCUUCUGCCUAGACUUUUUCCAUGUCCUCAGGACGGAUCGCGACCUUGAGAGGGUGCGGGGAGAAGUCUCGCUCUACGUCAAGACCUUCCUGCAACUUCGAGAUGUUCGAUUCGACCAUAUCCUUCUCGUCGUCGAUGCUGCGCUUCCACUUGCCAUGAAGUUCUUCGUUCCCUCGAUGCCCAAAUCCAGACUGCCGCCGGCUGCGAGGCAGAAGACGCAGAAUCAGGCUCCAGCACAGAAAUCCAUCCUGACAGUCCCCUUGGCCCGCGAACUUCUUGUCUACUGGUCUGUGGCAGUCUGUGGCGAGACGUCAACCAUAGCCGAGUCUGUGGUCAAAACCCGUAUCUCGAAGAAGUAUGCUCCUCGCCCAAACGCCCAGCAUAGACCAGCCCUGGAACGUCUGAUCAUCCAAAUCCUCCGCGACUACCCAGACGAGCAGCUCGACGUGCAAAACCUCCCACGUGAAGACUUCAGCAAGUCUGUCGAAAGCCUCUGUGAAAACGUUGCCCCUGAGGCUCGACUCUCGCUCCUCCAGCUCCUGUGCCAGAACACCAAGUACCUCUCAUAUGAUAUCUCUUCACUGGUCCCAUCUGAACGUGAAAGGUCAUUGCCGCCCGCAUGGCCACCCUCAGUCCUCAGACUCCUCCCAGCCGCAGACGCAGAGCGUCUGUUUCGGCGGACCUUGAAGAUCUACGGUUGCGCGGAAUUCCUCCCAGAUAUAGAUGUCGCUACAACCCAUGGGUUUGAUUUAGUGUGCCAGCAUAUGCUGAAGGCAAGAUGGGAGGGAGAAUCGGGUGUGAAGGAGUUUGUAGUCACUCACAAAUGCCUCGAUGAGAUUAUCAAGCGUGCCCAGGAGGAGACAGAUGAAUCUAGACGACUGAGAUGGGUGAAAGGAGCGUUCUGGGUGGCACAGGAAAGCUCAUCCAUCGAAAUCUUUCAUGCUAUCCUCCGUUGGAGCGGCCGGUUUAUACGCAAUCCGUCGCUGUUUGCGGGCGUCAUGCUUGGUGCAGUCAUACAAGGUCAGACAAUAGAUCUCCUGUCCUGCGUCGAGUCGCCCACAGCACGACUACCAACCUCGCUGUCCGAGCUCUCUGCCGCCGUGCAGGCGGCCAAGACUGUCCUCGACACCCUCCUCGAUCUUGUCCUCCAAUCAAUCAAAGAGCCAGGCAUCUCCCCCAAAGUGCUGGAGAACAUCCCCUCGCUCAUCGGGUCAAUCGUCCAUAAGCGUAUUAUUGGGUGUACGAAACCGAAGUACAAACAGCUGGGCAGCGCAGCGCAGCUAGCCGACACGUUACUCGCACCAGUCAUCCCUGUCAUCAUAAGAUACGAGACAAUCGGCAUCGCAGAAGGGCAGGAGAAGAUCAAAUGGCCGCCCAUGGACGGCCUCCUCGGUGGCAUGCCCUGUCCCGCGAACCCGUCCGACGAGAUGCUCGGGUUCAUGGACCAACUAGCUCAACAACGCGACGAGCUAGCCCAAAUGCACAGGCAGAAGAUAGACCCCGACGUCAUCUCGUUGGGCCCCGGCUGGCCUCGCGGCCUGGCGGUCCAGUUCCUGUUUCCCACUCUGGAAUGGGCACGCGUGCUGAUAAGCCGCCCCCAAGCGGCGCCGUUCAUAGCACGCCGCACCAACGAAGUGCUCUUCGCGCCGCGGGACGUUCUUCUGCGCGACGCGCCUAUGGGCAGAGCACCGAUUGGGAUCUUCGUCGACGAUCUGCCACCUAUCAUUGAGGCGUACGUAGGUCGCGGGAGGACUGCAGAGAUGCAGUCCCGUGUCGUCAAGAUCUGGCAGCACUACGAGCAGCAAUUGCACGAGCACCCGGAUCAUCUGGAGAUGUUCCGUAUAUGGUUUUCGCGUGCGAGCCGUAUCAGGAGCCCCAGGAUUCGCAAGAUGAUGCACCGCAUCAAUCCGUCACCGGUGCCGACGGCGACGUAUCUGCAUGAUUCGUUGAUGCCGGAUGAGGUCGUCGAGUGGGAUCCUCGUCCGGGAGAGGUGUAUGAGUACAACAUGCCGGUCACGGUGCUGCGCUGUCGGGAGUUUGGCGAGCGGCUCACCUUCGAAAGGCUGAUAUAUGGGAAUGAGGCUGCCCGGGACGAUAUUAGGAACUGGCCUUUUGAGUACUACAGCGUCUAUUCGUCGCCUCGUACGCUCUCUCUGGAGACCAAGGAAACGAUUGCGCUCUCCGCGCUUCUCAUUCUUGAGACGUUCACCAAGCAGCGCAUAUUGCCAGCGUCGUUUCCUGAAGGAAUGCGACGUUUUCCCGCCAUGUACAUGGACGGACAGUUCGUGAGCAAGAUGCACGUUGAUUCCGCACAUAUCCUCCGCCGCGUACCGUGGGUUCUGAAGUCGUUCAGCCGUACUGUCUCCCCGACGUUGCUGAAGGAUAGCUGCAAUGCUAUGAUCGACAGUGUCCUCGAAAGGAAUGCAAACGAUACGAUGUACGCGCCCCUCUUGCGCUGCACGGUCGAGUUGAUCCGGAUCCUCUCGCACAGCGAUAAGCCAUCCCAUGCGGCCGAUCUGGUCCUGCGCAUUGUGAAGGAGCUCCCGCACGAGUCGUCCUACUACGAGGAGCUGAAGCCGUUGCAUUUAGGACGCAGGCUCCAUCCAGAGCAAGCGGGCACCCUAUUCCGCGAGAUCGGCGUCCUCCUCAAAGAUAGACUGCUCACUAUCAGGACAGACGACGACCAGGCGACCAACGCCGUUGCUAUCAUAAGCACUGCUAAGAAACUGGCGCAAUUCCUCGGCGACGCCGACUUCCUAUCCGUCGACACCGCAGUUGAGAUCCUCGAGUCCCUCUUCACAAGCACUCCCAACACCGACGUCCGCGUGCAAACCCUCUUGUCCAUCUUCACCCUCCUCGGCCGAGACAUCGCCCCCGACUCCGUCUACGCCCUCCUCAAACAAGCAGCUCACCUCGCCAGCGGGCCAAGCGAAACCUCGCAAGUCUCUGAGGAAGAAUGGCGCGCCGCCGAAACAGGCCACGGCCCUCUCCCGCGCGUCCUCUCCACCCGCCAGAGACCCAUCUUCCAGCGUCUCGUGUACGACGCGCACGACUACAUCCCAGACAAGCAGAUGGAAAACUAUCUCCUGACCAUCGUGCUCCCUCUCCUCGACGAGUCCACGGCCCAGCAUACCCGCUGGAUGAAAGCCUUCCUCGCGCGGCUGCAUCUCCCGGAGGACAUAGACAUCACGGACUUCCCGUUCGGCCCGUUCGACCCCCACAUUACGCACCGCGUGCUCCUCACGUGGAAGAAGUAUCUCCCCGCGUCGUAUCUCCAGCACACCCGUGCCGCGGCAUUCGCCCAUCUGCAUUACAAGACGCUCAACGCCGUGAGCGCGGCGCUGAGCGAACGGGAUGCCGAGUUCCGCAAUACUAGCGAGAGCGAGCACUGGCUCGACUGUCUCGAGUUGUAUCGGCGUCCGCCUACUUUCGAGUAUCUCGACCUCCUGUUCCGCAGGGGCGAGCAGCCCUGCGUGUUGAACGGCUUGGCGCUGGAUGCUGUCGCGGAGGAAUACGUGCUGCGCGCGGGGAUCCUCGUGCGCAAUCCGAUCACGUACUCGGUGAUUGAGAAGCGGUUCGUCGUGCAGCCGGCGCUGGUCACGGAAUUGCUAGGCGGGCUAUCGCAGCGGUGGCAGAAUGAGUUCGCAGAAGAGGGAAAGGGGACGCAGCAGCUGUUGGCGGGGGAGAUGUUGAGGAAGAUAGUCGAUAAUAUUGAGUCCCUGCGCACGCCGGAGUGGCUACGCUCGCCGCUGCGGACGCCGCCAACCCUCCCGUCUGCGUUGAGGCUGCACACGCUGCUGCUUCCUUUUCCUCGGGGCAGGUCUGGGGAUGAGGAUUCGAUAUCCGCCUUCGUGCGGGAGUUGCUGCGGCUGACUGCGCGCUGCUGGUAG